UGAUACUUAUGUUAUGACUUAUGACUCAUAUCAAGUUGAUUAAAGUAAUCUCAAAUCACUCAUAAAUUAAAAUAGCUUAGUUAAUUAGUAAUUUACACAUUUAAAUAUACAAACCAAAGUAUAAAGGCUUUAAGCCCUAAUUUUUUUGUCCAAAGUUAUUAUAAAGCCGUCAAACUGGGGAACGAAAUGUCUUCAUCCGCUAUGGAAAAACAUUUAUUUAAUUUAAAAUUUGCUGUGAAAGAGUUAGAACGAAAUUCUAAAAAAUGUGAAAAGGAAGAAAAAAUUGAAAAAGAAAAGGCGAAGAAGGCUAUACAAAAGGGUAAUAUGGAAGGUGCAAGAAUUCAUGCAGAGAACGCAAUACGACAAAAGAAUCAGGCUCUGAAUUAUCUACGAAUGUCUGCAAGAGUUGAUGCUGUAUCAAGUAGAGUGCAGACAGCUCUUACUACUAGAAAGGUCACAACAUCAAUGGCUGGUGUUGUUAAAGCAAUGGAUGCAGCAAUGAAAUCAAUGAAUUUGGAAAAAAUUUCAAACCUAAUGGACAAAUUUGAGAGUCAGUUUGAAGAUCUUGAUGUACAAUCAUCAUACAUGGAGAAUGCUAUGUCACAAACAACAACAACUACAGUGCCUCAGGGUGAUGUUGAUAAUCUUUUGCAGCAAGUGGCUGAUGAAGCUGGUUUGGAGCUCAACAUGGAACUGCCGUCUGGAAUACCAAGUACCUCUAUUGGAACAGCAACAGUUGUGUCACAAGAACAAGAUGAGUUAACACAGAGACUAGCUAGAUUACGACAGGCUGAAUAAUAUAUACUUGUACAGAUCUUUUUUAAGUCCACCAUGUGAUACAGGCAAUAAAAAUAUGAAGUCUACUAAUUACCCAAAUUACCAUUUGGACUACAUUAUGUUGUAUUGUAAACAACCUAUUUCUAAAUUUUUUAACAGUGUUUGUAAAAAUCCUUCAUUAUUGAUAGCAUUUUAAAAUCAACUAAUUUGGACUUUAGUUCAAAUGAGUAAAGGCCAUGUUCUAUAACCAAGAUUGCUUAUAAGCCAGACAAAAUAAUUUACAAAACAACUUACAAUAUUGAAGAUCUUGAAAAAAAAACAUAUUUUGCUAUAGAUAUAAAACCUGGGUUCCGACUGUACUAAAAAGUUUCAAAAGUUGCAAUGCUAAAUAAAAAUAUUUACAGUUUAGGUAUACAAUUAUCCAAAAGGUAUUAUCUGUUCGAAUUUUUUGCCUAAACUUAAUUUUAAUUAUUUAUGAAAAUUAAGAGUAAAGCAGUUAUGGCAUAUAUGAUAUUAUAAUUAGAUUGAUAAAAUGAUUGUCUUUAUGGGAAUUGAGAAAUGUGUCAUUAUUCAAUUUUCUAAAGUGACUUCAUUUCACAUUACUUAGUAUACCUAAAAACUUACAUAGCAUUAAAAGAAAUUAUUUUGUUAUUUUCCUUUUGUAAUAAGUGUAUUAUAAUUAUAUUAUGAAAGGAUUCUAUUUAUAUGCAAUUAAAAGCUUUUCAGUUA